AUGACUGGUUCAAAAACUCAUAACCCUAUUCCGGAUGGCCUCAACGACAUAGAGACGGCCGUCUAUCGAAAGAUUAUGGAUACUGUUACUACCUUGCGCAAACAGAACUUUGAUCUUCCGCACGUUGUUGUCAUCACAGAUGUCGGUAAAGACUAUGAUGAUCUCGCGGCUAUGAUAGUUUUGAAAGAACUCCAUCGUCUAGGUGCGGUGAAACUCGAAGGUUUCAUAACUAACCUGCUACCGGAAGAUGCAAGGGCACACCUCGCACGUCAAUCUCUCGAUCUUCUAGGUCUUGAGGAAAUACCUGUUAGACAAGGCACCAGAGGCACUGAAAAGAACAUUUCUCCGGAUCUAUAUGAAUUUCCUGUCAGCAUCAUGGGAGGGAAACCAUAUCCUAAACAACCAAGAGGCCUGGAUCUUUUGCAACAGCUCAAAGAUAAUGCCGAAAGAGACAAUUAUCAGUUAACAUUCUUGCUUAUAUCUUCUCUACAAGAUAUUUCUGAGUUCGAAAGAUCAUUACGACCAAAGGAUUCCUCACAGAUACACCCUUUAAAGCAUGUGAUAGCCAAGGUUGUCCUACAAGGUAACUACAAACUCGAUCAAGCUAGAAAUGACACCAAAGAGCCCACAAGUCACAGUAUCCUCAAAGCGGACCAAGGAGCUGCCAACAAUGACUUUCAUUGGUCAUCUGCGCAAGAUUUCCAUUCGUUUCUAGAUCGAGAAGGAAUCUCUUCAGUGGUCUACAACAAGAUCGCAGCCUAUGACACACCAUUGAGGCCUACAAUAUUUUCAGAGAUGGCCGAAACUGGACAAACUUUGGGAAUCGCUCUGAGAGAUAUAGAAGCACCCCAGAAUAUACUCUACUACAAAGGAGCAUGUAGGAUGAUAAAUGGGAAGCCUGCCCCGAUCAUGAAAGAUCGCGAUCAGCAAUGGUUCUUACUGAGAAGAACCACUUAUUUCGAUACGAGAGAUCGAGAGAUAAAUCCCGAACUGCUUCCGGAUCCGGAAAGUGAAGAAAUCGUGGAGUAUUGCAAAGUUAUAGUCUAUGAUGUGCUGGCUGCUCUAGGUACAUGUCCUGAAGCUAUCUUGGAUGCCCUAAAUGUCCUUGAACCUCCCGAUUAUGAGAAACAACCAGAUCAUAAUGAACUACAUCGUGUCGUAGGUGUUACUCCGAAAAUGAAUCCGGAGACUGCUACCCAGGAAGAACUUGAUGCGGCGGUUCAGUUGGGUGAGGAUGAGGAGAACCCAUUCAAGUCUCCAGCAAGUACCAAUGCGGAGACCAUGAAGAAUGUAAUUGAGGCACUUUUGAAAGGAGCUUUAUUGGAUUGUAAAGCCAAAGGUAUCGGACAAGCAAAAGUAAAGGAUAGGUUUUAA